ACUUUUUAUUAUUAUUAAAUUGUAUGGGUUAGUUUUGCAGCCUUUUAUUGGUUAUUUGGGUUCAUGGGUUUAUUGUCUUCUGCAGCCCUAUGACUCAUGACCAAUUUAUUUAUUUGUUGCUGUUCAUAUAUAAUAAAUACAACUGAAGCAGAAACUGACUCAAUUUUAAUAUUGAGACUAUUGGACAAUAUGCUAAAUUACUGCAAAAAGUAACAACACACUACAAAAAUCUUUGUCAAAGGGCUUCAUACAGUAGCAUGCAGUGCUUUAUUAACUUCAGCAUGAAAAGAAUGUGACAUGAGGCUGCCAGCUGGCCCAGUCCAGGCAUAAUCCUUCACAUCUUGAAUGUAAUAGCUCAGGCUGAUUUUGGGGGUUUGGUCCUGGUGCAGGAUGAUGCCGACCCUGACCCCACACAUAGCAGUACCUCAGCCCUCUUACUCCCAGGCCAGGGAGAACCUGGUGAAGGCUAUCCCACCUAAGCUCCUCUGUCUGCUGGCCUGUGGAGGAAAAGACUGUCGCUAUGAAGGUCCAGAGUGUUGGAAAGCAAACCAGCAGAUUAUCCGAGGCCUUUACUCCUCCUGGGUGACAGAUGACAUAAUCGCCAUGGCACGACCCUCCACUCAUCUUAUUGAGAAGUACAACAUCAUAGACCAGUUUCAAAGGUUGAACAUCAGAUCAAUCAUUAACAUGCAAAUCCCAGGCGAGCAUGCUCACUGUGGACCUCCCCUAGACCCUGAAAGUGGCUUCACAUACUCUCCACAGAUCUUCAUGGACAAUGACAUUUACUUUUACAACUUUGGGAUGCCAGAUUUCGGUGUGACCUCCCUCCUUGGCAUAAUUGAUGAGGUGAAGGUUUUGGCCUUUGCUGUGAGGGAAGGAAGAGUGGCGGUGCACUGCCAUGCAGGCCUAGGCAGGACAGGUGUCCUGAUAGCCUGUUACUUAGUCUAUACCCUGCGUAUCAGUCCGAGUGAGGCUGUCCACUAUGUGCGGAUUAAACGGCCACGUUCUAUCCAAACCCGAGCACAGAUCAGCCAGGUGUUUGACUUCGCUCGCCUGCUUGGUACACAGCUAGUCCAGUACCCAGACCUCAGCCUGCGGCAUGGAGCCCCUUUCACCCUGCAGCACUACCUAAACCGACAGGCGCUCCUGCUGCACGGCCAGGAGGCACGCACCCUCAGAGAAAUACCCAAGGUGGUGUACCUCCUGUGUAUGUGUCUCUCCUGCUUGGCCCUGGGUCUCCCUGCACCUCCAGAGGUAUAUGCUGAACUGGAGAAGAGGUCAGCACUGAGGACCCUAAGCAGGACUCUGAGGGAGACCCUGGUGUCCAAACAGUACUUGCCCUUGCUGAGGGAGGGUCGUAAGGGUUCGUGGGUAAGCUCAGGGUCAGUGUCCUCUUGGGACGAACCACUGGGAUUCCUGGAGAGGAAGAGAGACGUGCUGCUGGACAAACGCAGCUACAGCGACUCUGAUCUCAGCAAGAUCAAAGAUCUGGAGAGUCCAUCCUUUACCCAAGCACUUGGAAAUGAGCGAAACUGGUGCGUACAGGAUCUGAUACGACCUGAUAUGAGACCAGUUAGCCCGGUCCUUGCAGCAUUUUCAUCAGAGCGGUGUUCCAAAAAAGAAUCUCAUGCACUCAAUAUCCCAAUAUUUGGCAUGAGCACAAGCAACAACAGUGCUAAGAAGUCUAAGAGCACAGCUAAAAAGGCACUCCCCAAAUACAGCUCCAACCUCGAGCUGUGCAGAAAUCCACACAAUCCAGGUCCAACCUCAGUGGCUCGUGUCGUUGCUAAGGCAAUGGCAGACCAAGGUCCUCCAGGAGAAACUGUUCUACAGAGGUCGGCGCUGCUGCAGGAGGAACUGAACAGUAGUGACGGUGGCUGGGCUCUGAUGGUCACAGAGUCAGAUCCUCAAGUUCUCAGUUGUCUGUUAUGGAUGUGGCUGGAGAGGCUAAGGGAGCCUGUUCUGAGUGUAGAGGAUAUAGAAAGGUUGAGCUGUGGAGCAAACAACAGGAAACCUCUCAGUGUGCUCAAGAAGCCACAGAGACACACCAUUUAUUGUCUACUGAGCUGUGUGAGCACAGUGACCAGCCUGUGUCCACACAGAGAGGAUGCAAUACUACAGCGACUGAUGCGAGCACUUACACGGCGACCCCAAGAGGAAAUGGGAAGCCUUGCAGCUUUAAUGAAGAUCCUGAAAGCCAGUUUGACAGAAACCUACCAUGACUACAGAUAUGUCAGGAGGGCCUGCAGCAUGAAUGCUACACUUUGAAGACCAGAGUCAAUAUCAGAACAACAACCGCCAGAGCAAUUUUUAUUUUCAAAACUGGUGGUAUUUAAUUUUUGGCACCUGAUUGUGGUGAAACUCAAGAGGUGUAAUGAUGUAGGAAAAGCAAAACUAUGAAUAAUAAAAUCAAUGAUGAAUUCCAUUUAGCUACUUUGGUUUCAGGGUCCUGAUGUUGGCUCACUGUCACACUGUCAUAGCUUAAUGGGACACUUGAACAGAAUGGAGCCAUUAUUAAUGUUAUUAACAAUGUUAUUGUGCUUUUCCUUAAUUGACAAGUUAAUGUGUCUGCUGUGAAAAAGGCCCAUUAGUUUACCUUUUUUGGCCCCAAAGCAAGAUUUGGCUUCUGUUACAACCUGAUUAUUUCUUCUCCUUUAAAAUAUAUCAAAGUACACAAUGGAUGUGGAUUAAAAACAAUUUGUCUAUAUCUUUUGAGAUAUAUCAAAUAAAUGACUAACUAGAGCUAUGUAAAACAAACUAUGAUUCUUCUCCUCUCGUUCAGCCUGAGCCGAGUCUCUUUGGUUAAAUUUUAACUGCCCUUUCUGCCACUAAAUUGUUAUGUUUGUUUGGUUUCGCUCAUACGUUCACCAACUAAACCACUCAGAAGGAGCAAUUAAUGCAUGAAAAUGCGUAUCAACAAAAUAUAAAGAUAAAACGGUCAAAGAUUUCUUGAGAAGUAAAGAAUUUGCAUUUACAUCUCUAUCAUUUUCAAACAUUUAUUACCCUUUAUGAACAGUUGGUACAGAAUUAAUAUUGUCCACAGCGGACUAAGAUGUCUGAUCCCUGAAAACUCCAACCUGGAUGGAAAAAUGGAUGUAACCUUGGAUCCACAACUAAAUAUUAUAUGAGAUUUUUUUUCGUCAAGCUUGUAGUGCUGCAAAAAAUAUUUUAGGUUUUAAUCAUUUUUUUCAUGUCUAAAAUAAGCUACCUUAGUAUUAGCAAAUUAAAUCCAAAAAAUGAAUGUAGGUUUUCAUAUCUAAUAAAAGAUUUACACCAUCUGCUCUGCAUAAUGUGUUUUAUGUAAACCCAUUACCAAAUUCCUUCACCU